CACACCCCCGCCCUGGGCCCUGGCAAAGGACACCCGUGGCAGGGCGUCAGAAGGAUCGGCCCUGUGACCCCGAGCCCCGGCCCUGGCCCGAGCCCCGGACUUUCCGAAGCCGGCAAUGACCGCCCGCGCCCUCCUCGCGGGUGGGCUUCAGGACCACGGGCUCUGCGCCCCCACGCGGGAGGCUCAGUCUCCGCCCGGCCUUCCCCGGACGCCGUCCCGGCCCCGGCCUCUGCUGCGCCCCCUGCUGCUGCUGCCGCUGCUGCUCCUGCCGCGCCCCGCCCUCUCCACUGUGUUCACAGUUGGGGUGCUGGGCCCCUGGGCCUGCGACCCCAUCUUCGCCCGUGCCCGCCCGGACCUGGCCGCCCGCCUGGCCGCCGCCCGCCUGAACCACGAAGCUGCCCUGGAGGACGGCCCCCGCUUCGAGGUCGCGCUGCUGCCCGAGCCGUGCCGGACGCCGGGCUCGCUGGGGGCGGUGUCCUCCGCGCUCAACCGCGUCUCGGGCCUCGUGGGGCCGGUGAACCCCGCAGCCUGCCGGCCGGCGGAACUACUAGCUCAAGAAGCGGGGAUCGCCCUGGUUCCCUGGGGCUGCCCCGGAAUGCGGGCGGCGGGCACCACGGCUCCCGCGAUGACGCCCGCGGCGGAUGCGCUCUACGCCCUCCUGCGCGCGUUCCGCUGGGCGCACGUGGCCGUGGUCACCGCCCCCCAGGACCUGUGGGUGGAGGCGGGACGCGCACUUUCCACGGCGCUCAGGGCCCGGGGUCUGCCCGUUGCCCUGGUGACCUCUAUGGAGCCCUCGGAUCUGUCUGGAGCCCGGGAGGCCCUGAGGAGGGUCCAAGGUGGACCCAGAGUCAGAGCAGUGAUCAUGGUGAUGCACUCGGUCCUGCUGGGCGGUGAGGAGCAGCGCUGCCUGCUGGAGGCUGCAGAGGAGCUGGGCUUGGCUGAUGGUUCCCUGGUCUUCCUGCCCUUCGACACGCUGCACUACGCCUUGUCUCCAGGCCCGGACGCCUUGGCCGUGCUCGCCAACAGCUCACAGCUUCGCAAGGCCCACGAUGCGGUGCUCACCCUCACGCGUCACUGUCCCCCGGGAGGCAGCGUGCUGGACAGUCUGCGCAGGGCCCAAGAGCAUCAGGAGCUGCCCCCUGACCUCAAUCUGCAGCAGGUAUCCCCUCUCUUCGGCACCAUCUAUGACUCAAUCUUCUUGUUGGCCGGGGGCGUGGUGCGAGCGCGGGCGGCCGCAGGUGGCGGCUGGGUGUCUGGAGCAGCCGUGGCCCGCCACGUCCGGGAUGCCCAGGUCCCCGGCUUCUGUGGGGCCCUGGGAGGAGCCGAGGAGCCCUCCUUUGUGCUGCUGGACACGGAUGCAGCCGGGGACCAGCUGUUCGCCACAUACGUGCUGAACCCCACCUGGGGCUUCUUCCGCUCCGCCGGAACCCCGGUGCAUUUUCCUAGAGGGAGACGGGGGCCUGGGCCCGACCCCUCGUGUUGGUUCGACCCAGACGUCAUCUGCAACGGAGGAGUGGAGCCCGGCGUCGUCUUUAUCGGCUUCCUCCUGGUGGUUUUGUUGGGGCUGACAGGAGCCUUCCUGGCCCAUUAUUUUAGGCACCGCCUACUUCACAUCCAAAUGGUCUCCGGCCCCAACAAGAUCAUCCUGACUCUGGAUGACGUCACCUUCCUCCCCCCGCAGAGGGGCAGCUCUCGGAAGGUGGCCCAGGGGAGUCGAUGGAGUCUGGCCGCCUGCAGCUUGUCCGACGUUCGCAGCAUCCACAGCCAGAUCCCGGAUUACACCAACAUUGGCCUCUAUGAGGGAGACUGGGUUUGGCUGAAGAAAUUCCCAGGGGAACAGCACAUAGCCAUCCGCCCAGCGACCAAGAUGGCCUUCUCCAAGAUCCGGGAGCUCCGGCAUGAGAACGUGGCCCUCUACCUGGGGCUCUUCCUGGCGGGGGGAGCUGGCGGCGCCGCGGCCCCCGGGGAAGGGAUGCUGGCUGUGGUCUCAGAGCACUGUGCCCGCGGCUCCCUCCAAGACCUCCUCGCUCAGAGAGACAUAAAGCUGGACUGGAUGUUCAAGUCCUCCCUCCUACUGGACCUCAUCAAGGGAAUAAGGUAUCUGCACCAUCGAGGCGUGGCCCACGGACGGCUGAAGUCACGGAACUGCGUGGUGGACGGGAGGUUCGUGCUUAAAGUCACCGACCACGGUCAUGGGCGACUGCUGGAAGCGCAGAGGGUGUUACCGGAGCCUCCCAGCGCGGAGGACCAGCUAUGGACAGCCCCGGAGCUGCUUCGGGACCCGGCCCUGGAGCGCCGGGGAACGCUGGCCGGCGACGUCUUCAGUCUGGGCAUCAUCAUGCAAGAGGUCGUGUGCCGCAGCGCCCCUUACGCCAUGCUGGAGCUGACUCCCGAGGAAGUGGUGAAGAGGGUACAAAGCCCCCCUCCGCUGUGUCGGCCCUCGGUGUCCAUGGACCAGGCGCCCAUGGAGUGCAUCCAGCUGAUGAAACAAUGCUGGGCAGAGCAGCCGGAACUUCGGCCCUCCAUGGACCGCACCUUCGACCUGUUCAAGAGCAUCAACAAGGGCCGAAAGAUGAACAUCAUUGACUCGAUGCUGCGGAUGCUGGAGCAGUACUCCAGCAACCUGGAGGACCUGAUCCGGGAGCGCACCGAGGAGCUGGAGCUGGAAAAGCAGAAGACAGACCGGCUGCUCACACAGAUGCUGCCUCCGUCCGUGGCUGAGGCGCUGAAGAUGGGGACACCCGUGGAGCCCGAGUAUUUCGAGGAGGUGACACUAUACUUCAGUGACAUCGUGGGUUUCACCACCAUCUCAGCCAUGAGCGAGCCCAUCGAAGUGGUGGACCUGCUCAAUGACCUCUACACACUCUUUGACGCCAUCAUCGGCUCCCAUGACGUCUACAAGGUGGAGACAAUCGGGGAUGCCUAUAUGGUGGCCUCAGGGCUGCCCCAACGGAACGGGCAGCGGCACGCAGCAGAGAUCGCCAACAUGGCUCUGGACAUCCUCAGUGCCGUGGGCACCUUCCGCAUGCGGCACAUGCCCGAGGUGCCCGUGCGCAUCCGCAUCGGCCUGCACUCGGGCCCGUGCGUGGCGGGCGUGGUGGGCCUCACCAUGCCGCGGUACUGCCUGUUUGGGGACACGGUCAACACCGCCUCGCGCAUGGAGUCUACCGGGCUGCCUUACCGCAUCCACGUGAACCGGAGCACCGUGGAGAUUCUCUGCGCCCUAGACGAGGGCUUCCAGACCGAGGUGCGGGGUCGCACGGAGCUGAAGGGCAAGGGCUGCGAGGAAACGUACUGGCUGGUGGGCAGACGCGGAUUCGACAAGCCCAUCCCCAAACCGCCUGACCUGCAACCAGGGGCCAGCAACCACGGCAUCAGCUUGCAGAGUAUCCCGCCUGAGCGUCGCCGGAAGCUGGAGAAGGCGAGGCCGGGCCAGUUUUCCGGAAAGUGAGGCUGGGCCUGGGACAAGGAUUAUUCCGGAAGGUCCUUUUCCUGAAAGUUGCUGCUGUAGGUGAACAAAAGUCUGGCUAAUACCAGUGGCUUCCGUCCAGCUCUGCCUCAAAGGAUUCUGAGCCUUUGCAAGAGCUGGUUGCAAACCAGCUGUGUGACCCUGGGAAAGUCUCAUGCACUCUCUGGGCUUGGUUUCCCCUCCGUGGUGAAAUGAAGAGUGGCCUACCUAGGGGGUUUCCAUACCCUCCGGGCCUGACAGCUGGCCUUCAGAAUGGUUGGCCUUGGGGUACAGGGCACUGGGCACGUGGCGUCCAGCCCCAGUGACCCUGAGCCCAUCAGAAAGGCCCCAGGAAGAAGGAUCUGGGAUUGGAUGUCCCAACCCCAGAGGAGGUGGAGACCGCCUAUUCCACCAGAGCAGGGGUGUCGUGUGGCCUGAGGAUUUGAGGGCUUCUGUUCAGCCUCGAGCAUCCUUCCCUUCUCCGUCCCCCGCCAGUCAGAAACUGGCUCCUUCUUCUGUGGCAUAACCACAUACUUUGCCCAAGUGCAGAGAAAAGCUUGUUUCAAAGCUUUGGGGAAACGAAGGUAAACAAACCCCACGAAACCUCUCCUAACCAGAACACCCAGGAAUAGUAGUAUUCUCUGUUUAACUGGGCGCCACUGAGCAGGCAGUUGAACAGAAAAUCCUCCCAGCUUAGAUCUUUGCGACAAGUAUUAACCCCUCCCAUCCCAGUCAGUCCCCAGGUAAAGCUUCUUUUGUGGAACUCUGAUGUCCCAGAGCCUGAGCCUUGGCAUUCUGGACUCUGGGUGGCCUUCGCCAUUGCUGCAGAACCUGGCAGAAGUUAGCAGCAGCUGUAGCCACCCAGGCUGUCACUAGGUAGUGAGCCUCCAGUCCCUGGAGAUGUGCAAGCAGAACUGGAGACCUCUUUGAGCAGGGAGAGAACAGUCAGAGGGACUUCCUAGGCGGAAGGAUGAACUAAAUCCUCACCACACAGUGUGGUAGGUAGGCCAGCAGCAGCGACAUUGCCUGGGAGCUUGUUAGCAAUGCAGAAUCUCAGGCCCAGGCGUAUUGAAACAGAAUCUACAUCCUAACAAAGUUCCUUCAGAGUAUUUAUAUGCACAUUAAAGUUUCUGAAUCAUAGAACUAAAGGAUCCUAGGAUCCCUAAAA